GUAGCAAUGACGCUGGUUCGAACAGCGACGAUCGCUCUUCUCAUAAUCGGAUGUCUUCAAAAUUCUGCGGCUAAGAAAAGACAGCAUAGUAUUGUAAAGUAUCACGGUGCGGUCGCAACGGACGAUGGACGGUGUUCUAAAAUCGGUAUGAAAGCUCUUCGCCAAGGAGGAAACGCGAUUGAUGCGUCGGUCGCCGCUGCUCUCUGUUUGGGCGUUGUGAGUCCAGCGUCUAGCGGUAUAGGCGGUGGAGCGUUUACAGUGGUUAAGAUAACUGGUGGGAAGGAAAUAGCUUAUGAUUCUCGAGAGACCGCUCCUCUCCGCGCCACUGAGGAUAUGUAUGGAGGCAAUCUCGAUCUUAAGAAGAAAGGAGCCCUAUCAGUAGGAGUUCCCGGAGAAGUGGCGGGUCUAUUCACGGCCUGGACACAACAUGGAAAGCUACCAUGGAAGCGGUUAGUGAAGCCCGCAGAGAAACUUGCGAAAGGGUUCAGGAUUUCAAAGUACCUGCAUAUGCAGAUGAACGUGACUAGAGGCGAUAUCUUAGCAGACAAAGGUCUCUCUGAGCUAUUUGUUUCAAAUGGAGAGCUCAAGAAACCAGGGAUGAUUUGCCGAAACCCAAAAUUGGCUUUAACGCUUAAGCAAAUCGCAGAAUACGGUCCAAAAGCAUUUUACAAUGGUACGGUUGGUAUUAACCUAGCGAGAGACAUCCGUAAGUCUGGAGGGAUAAUAACUUUGAAAGAUCUACAAAGUUACAGAGUUAAGGUUAAAGAACCGUUGUCCACAGACAUUCUCGGAUACAGACUACUCGGGAUGCCUCCUCCUUCAUCUGGUGGCGCUGCAAUGAUGCUUGUUUUGAAUAUUCUUUCUCAAUAUGGGAUUCCAUCGGGUGUUUCUGGCACUCUCGGUGUUCAUCGACUAAUUGAGGCUCUGAAACAUGCUUUCGCGGUUAGAAUGAACCUUGGGGAUCCAGAUUUCGUUGAUGUUACGAAGGUUGUUUCCGAUAUGCUGUCUCCAACGUUUGCGCAAGACGUGAAGAGAAAGAUAAACGACGAGAAAACAUUUGAUCCCAAAUAUUACGGUGGCAAAUGGAAUGAGAUUAACGAUCACGGGACGAGCCAUUUAUCGAUCAUAGAUAGCGAGAGGAACGCUGUUUCGAUGACUAGUACAAUAAACGGUUACUUUGGGGCAAUAAUGCUCUCUCCGAGCACCGGAAUUGUUCUGAAUAACGAAAUGGACGAUUUCUCGAUCCCAAUGAAAUCUAGCGGUGGCCAAGAUGUGCCGCCACCGGCACCGGCUAACUUCAUCCGUCCCGGGAAACGACCUUUGUCCUCAAUGACUCCCACCAUUGUGCUCAAGGACGGUAAAGUGAAAGCUGUGGUGGGUGCGAGCGGAGGAAUGUAUAUCAUCGCUGGAACGACGGAAGUUUUCUUGAAUCAUUUUUUCCUCAACAUGGAUCCUCUCUCUUCCGUCACGGCUCCAAGAAUCUACCACCAGCUGAUACCAAACAUGAUUUCGUAUGAGAACUGGACUACGGUUUACAAUGAUCAUUUCGAGAUUCCUAAAGAGACAAGAGUUGUGUUGGAGAAGAAAGGUCAUGUCCUAACGCCGUUAUCCGGAGGAACGAUUUCUCAGUUCAUAGUUCAAGAAACCGAUGGAAAUUCCGGCGAAUUGAAUAAGCUCGUGGCAGUUAGUGAUCCUAGAAAAGGAGGUUUCCCUUCAGGAUAUUGAGUUUGGAGUUAACUCUGUUCCAUUUUUUAUU